AGCGGAGGCGCGCCAAGCGAGCCGCGCCGCGGGAGAGGCCGGCGCAGGAGGCGGCCGCAGCAAUGCCGGGCCCGCUGGGGCUACUCUGCUUCCUCGCCCUGGGGCUGCGCGGCUCGGCCGAGCCCAGCGGCGCGGCGCCGCCUCUCUGCGCGGCGCCCUGCAGCUGCGACGGCGACCGUCGGGUGGACUGCUCCGGGAAGGGGCUGACGGCCGUGCCCGAGGGGCUCAGCGCCUUCACCCAAGCGCUGGAUAUCAGUAUGAACAACAUUACUCAAUUACCAGAAGAUGCAUUUAAGAACUUUCCUUUUCUAGAGGAGCUACGAUUGGCUGGCAACGACCUCUCUUUUAUCCACCCAAAGGCCUUGUCUGGGUUGAAAGAACUCAAAGUUCUAACCCUGCAAAACAAUCAGUUGAGAACAGUACCCAGUGAAGCCAUUCGAGGACUGAGUGCUUUGCAGUCUUUGCGUUUAGAUGCCAACCAUAUUACCUCAGUCCCCGAGGACAGUUUCGAGGGGCUUGCUCAGUUACGACAUCUGUGGCUGGAUGACAACAGCUUGACCGAGGUGCCCGUGCAUCCUCUCAGCAACCUGCCAACCCUGCAGGCACUGACCUUGGCCCUCAACAAAAUCUCAAGCAUCCCUGACUUUGCAUUUACCAACCUUUCAAGCCUGGUAGUUCUACAUCUUCAUAACAAUAAAAUUAAGAACCUGGGUCAACACUGUUUCGAUGGACUAGAUAACCUGGAGACCUUGGACUUGAAUUACAAUAACUUGGGGGAAUUUCCUCAGGCUGUUAAAGCCCUUCCUAGCCUAAAAGAACUGUUAUUUCAUAGUAAUUCUAUUUCUGUUAUCCCUGAUGGAGCAUUUGAUGGUAACCCACUCUUAAGAACCAUACAUUUGUAUGAUAAUCCUCUGUCUUUUGUGGGAAACUCUGCAUUUCACAAUUUAUCUGAACUGCAUUCCUUAGUCAUUCGAGGCGCAAGCAUGGUACAGCAGUUCCCCAAUCUGACUGGAACCGUCCACCUGGAAAGUCUGACCUUGACAGGCACGAAGAUAAGCAGCAUAUCCAGUAAUUUGUGCCAAGAACAAAAGAUGCUUAGGACUUUGGACUUGUCUUACAACAAUAUAAAAGACCUUCCAAGCUUUAAUGGUUGCCAUGCUCUGGAAGAAAUUUCUUUGCAACGUAAUCAGAUCCACCAAAUAAAAGAAGGUACUUUUCAAGGCCUGAUAUCUCUGAGGAUUCUAGAUCUGAGUAGAAACCUGAUCCAUGAAAUUCACAGCAGAGCUUUUGCCAAGCUUGGGUCAAUAACUAACCUAGAUGUAAGUUUCAACGAAUUAACUUCAUUUCCUACGGAAGGCCUGAAUGGGCUAAAUCAACUGAAACUUGUUGGCAACUUUAAGCUACAAGAAGCCCUAGCAGCAAAAGAUUUUGUUAAUCUCAGGUCUUUAUCAGUACCAUAUGCUUAUCAGUGCUGUGCAUUUUGGGGUUGUGACUCUUAUGCACAUUCAAACACGGAAGAUACCAGCCUCCAGGACCACAGUGUGGCAAAGGAUAAAGGUCCCGCGGGUGCAGCGGGUGUCACGAGCAGUGCAGAGAAUGAAGAACACAGUCAAAUAAUUAUCCACUGUACGCCCUCCACAGGUGCCUUUAAGCCCUGCGAGUACUUACUGGGAAGUUGGAUGAUCCGUCUUACCGUGUGGUUCAUUUUCCUGGUUGCAGUGUUUUUCAACCUGCUGGUCAUUUUAACCACAUUUGCAUCUUGUACAUCACUGCCUUCCUCCAAACUGUUCAUAGGCCUCAUUUCUGUAUCCAACUUAUUCAUGGGAGCUUACACUGGUAUCUUAACUUUUCUGGACGCCGUGUCCUGGGGCAGAUUUGCUGAAUUUGGCAUUUGGUGGGAGAUUGGCAAUGGGUGCAGGAUAGCCGGGUUUCUUGCAAUUUUCUCCUCCGAAAGUGCCAUAUUUCUAUUAAUGCUGGCAGCUGUCGAAAGAAGCUUAUCUGCAAAAGAUGUCAUGAAAAACGGGAAAAGCCGUCGUGUCAAGCACUUCCGGGCUGCUGCCCUUCUUGCUUUUCUGGGAGCUGCAGUGGCAGGCUGUUUUCCACUUUUCCACAGCGGGGAGUAUUCUGCCUCACCCCUCUGCUUGCCAUUCCCCACGGGAGAAACGCCAUCUCUAGGAUUCACUGUAACCUUAGUGUUGUUAAACUCCCUGGCGUUUUUAUUAAUGGCCAUUGUCUACACAAAACUGUACUGCAACUUGGAAAAGGAGGACCUUUCAGAGAACGCACAUUCUAGCAUGAUUAAGCACGUUGCCUGGCUCAUCUUCACCAACUGCAUCUUUUUUUGCCCCGUUGCGUUUUUCUCCUUUGCGCCAUUGAUCACUGCGGUCUCCAUCAGCCCUGAAAUUAUGAAGUCUGUCACUCUGAUCUUCUUCCCGUUGCCCGCUUGCCUGAAUCCAGUCCUCUAUGUGUUCUUCAACCCAAAGUUUAAAGACGACUGGAAGUCACUGAAGCGACACAUUACCAAGAAGAGCGGAUCGGUGUCAGUGUCCAUCGGUAGCCAGGCUGGCUGCGUGGAACAGGAUUUCUACUAUGACUGUGGCAUGUACUCGCAUUUGCAGGGUAACCUGGCCGUGUGUGACUGCUGUGAGUCCUUUCUUUUGACAAAGCCAGUGUCCUGCAAACACUUAAUAAAAUCACACAGCUGUCCUGCAUUGGCGGUGGGUUCUUGCCAAAGACCGGACAGCUAUUGGUCCGACUGUGGCACGCAAUCCGCCCACUCUGAUUAUGCAGACGAAGAGGAUUCCUUUGUCUCGGACAGUUCGGACCAGGUGCAGGCCUGCGGACGAGCCUGCUUCUAUCAGAGUCGAGGAUUCCCUUUGGUGCGCUAUGCUUACAAUCUACCGAGAGUCAAAGACUGAACUGGUGUGUUUGUAACUGUUUCCCCCAUCAACCAAAAUCACAGCAUUUAGAGAAGAACCCUGGUCUGACCUUUCAUCUGGGAAGCACUUCUGGGAUCACUGCCUGGUGUGUCACUUAGAAGGAGGAGAAGGGGGGCAGUUGAUUUCUGAAACCAGAUGUUCUCAAGGAACAAGUGCCUAACCUGUCAGUGGAUGGAAAAUGCAACGUGCAAGCAAUGUGUGGUCUGUUUGGAACAAGUUUAUAACUUGAAAAAUUUUAUGUAUAUCAUAGCAAUAUCAUGUUAGGUUUUCCUGAUCCAUGAGAAGCAGAUUUAUACCGAUUUCUGAACUAAGCACAAGGUGAACAACAGCUGUUAAUAUUUUUUUAAGAAUAUUUUAAAAUGUGAUUUUAUGUAGCUAAGAAAAAGUCUUGCUAAUUUUACCUAAUGGUUCGUCAUUAAUCUCAGGACAACUUAACUGCAGGGCCAAAAAAGGGAUUGUCUCCCAGGUAAAACUGUGAGAACAGAAGAGAAGGCAUCGCCUGAUUGCAUUUUCUGGUCCCAUCUUUCACAUAACAGAAUCAUAAAUUCUGUUUAAGUGAUUUAUAAACCUAAAACCUGAAGAUGUUUUUAAAACAAUAUUAACAACUGUUAGAUUUUAAAAGAAUAGCUGAACGUGUGUUUUCAGUGGUCACGCUUCGCUGUGGUGCAAACCCAGUAAUUUUGCCCUCAGUGUCUUGUGACCACACUAGGCAAAAGUAAAGGACUCAUUGUUGUGUGGGUUUGGUAGAUUUGGCUAAACUACUAACUGAUAUGGGAUUUUAAUAGUAUCUGAGAGACUUGAUGGCUCUGUGGAAUGUUCUCGUUAAAAAACAUUUCAUUUCUUAGUAUCAUUGGCUGAACCGACACUUUACAAUUUUGUUGGUAUGUUAUCUACAUAUAGUUUGAAUUACGCAGAAAAUAAACAG